CUUCCAAAUUCCUAAAUCCCUAAUCAAGAAAGACCCUGCACCAUGGGGUCGCCUGUGGUAACCCCCGAGGACGUGCUGGAGACUCUCAUGAACGACGGCACAAUUGACGCCAUCCGACUCAAGAUCAUCAAUCAACUCAAAGCCAAUGAGGAGCUAAAGAGUAACACAAUAAAAAUGGUGGAGCAAAGUAAGGUUCUUAGCACUCCUGGUGCUGAAAAACAGACAAAGCGAGAGUUGUUUGAUGCACUUCGACAAGAACUUGAAACUCCGGUACUGGAGAAAGCUUCUAGAUCAGUUUGGGAGUUAAUUUUGGACCAGAAUGGUUUAGGGAAGGAGAUAUGUGACACUGUCGAGAGAGUAUUUUGUCAACUGAGUGGCCGUGAACCUCCACUCUUUCCUGAAUUGAGCAAUGAAGCCCAGCUGGGGAAAGAAAGUGAGGUUUCUCCUACCACUUCAUCUAAGAAAAGAAGUUUUAGCGAGAUGAGCAAGGAAGAAGCCAAUGGAGUUGCACAAGAAUCAUCAGGAGUGGCAGCGAUGCCAGACAAUAUUAUUAGAGCGUCAUCGCCCAGUUCUAAAAAAUAAGAUGUAGAUUUACUCUAUUAAAUUGGAAAAAUAGAUUCUUGCACGAAGCCACCUGUAAACUGGCACAGCAAUGCUGCAACAAUUUUUGUUUUUUCUUCCCCCUCUUUGAGACAUGUCUGACUCCAUAUACUAUUGCUAUGUUAUAUAUAUGCACACCAAUUUAUGUA